AAUUAAUUAUCAAUCUCUACGAUUAUCUCAGUGUGUCCGUUAUUUGUUUCUCAUUGACAUUUUCACUCUUUGGAUCGUUAAUCCAUCUCCUUAGUGAUCUAAUUAAUCCCGAUUGAGAUAAUCUCUUUCUCUCUCUCUCUGAUCCAUCCAAAUACUAAACGAAAAUGUACGGAUUUGUUAAUCAUGCGUUGGAACUUCUUGUUAUCCGUAAUUUUGGUAAUGAAGUUUGGGAGACAAUUAAGAAGGAAGCUGAAAUCGAAAUGGAAGGUUCGUUUUUGGUUCGAUUGAUUUACGAUGAUGAAAACACUUACAAUCUCAUUGGAGCUGCCGAAAAAGUUCUGAAAAUUCCUGCGAAUGAAAUUCUGGAACUUUUCGGUCGAAUGUUUUUCGAUUUCUGCCAAGAAUCGGGUUACGAUAAAAUUCUUCAAGUUCUAGGAGCCACACCCAGAGAUUUUCUCCAGAAUUUGGACGCUCUUCACGACCAUUUAGCGACAAUUUAUCCAGGUAUGAGAGCUCCAAGUUUCCGUUGUACUGAACGUAUUGAAGAUGGUGCUUUGAUACUUCAUUAUUAUUCUGAACGCGCUGGCCUCGAGUAUAUCGUUAUCGGUAUAGUGAAAGCGGUGGCCAGUAAAUUACACGGAACGGAAGUUGAGGUUGAAAUAAUUGCCACCAAAGAAAAUGGUAUGGACCAUGUCCAGUUUAGUAUCAAAGAGAAAUGUUCUAAUGGUCAACGAAUAGCCGAACCAUUGGUCGAAGAGUUUGAAUAUCUUAAUCUGGACAAUCGGAUAAGUCCGGUCACUUUUUGUAAAGCGUUUCCCUUUCACCUCAUCUUUGACUCUAAUUUGAAAGUUAAACAGGCUGGCUCAUCAAUCUCCCGUGUUUUACCAGCGCUUAAAUUGACUUCUUGCCGAGUGAACAGUGUCUUUGAAAUGAUUCGACCUCACAUGGAAUUUACCUUUAAUAACAUUCUCUCUCAUAUUAAUACGGUAUUUGUCCUAAGAACUAUUACCGAUAUGGUUUCCACUCGAUCUCCAUCAUCAUCAACAACAACAACCAAUGCUCCAAGCAACAAUUGUCCAUUCAAAACAUCAUGUGUAAAAUUAAGGUUAAAAGGACAAAUGUUACAUGUACCCGAAAAUGACCUGGUCCUUUUCUUGUGUUCACCUUCAGUUGUUAACCUUGAAGAUUUGAACAAUCAAGGUUUAUACCUUGAUGAUAUUCCACUUCAUGAUGCAACUCGAGAUUUGGUUCUACUUUCUGAACAAUUUGAGGCUGAAUACGAAUUGACCAAGAAUUUGGAAAUUUUAACCGAUAAACUUCAACAAACUUAUCGAGAAUUAGAAGAAGAGAAAAAGAAAACUGAUUGUCUUCUCUAUUCAGUUCUUCCUCCUUCCGUGGCCAAUGAACUUCGACACGGGCGACCCGUUAAUGCUAAAAAGUAUGAAUCGGUUACUAUUCUGUUCAGUGGAAUCGUUGGGUUUAGUUCAUUUUGUGCCAAAAAUUCUGAUGCCAAAGGAGCCAUGAAAAUCGUAAAACUUCUCAACUGUAUUUAUACAACUUUCGAUGUUCUAACUGAUCCCAAAAAGAAUCCAAAUGUUUACAAAGUUGAAACUGUUGGUGAUAAAUACAUGGCGGUCAGUGGAUUACCUCAACCUUGUCCAUCGCACGCUCGUUGUAUCGCUAAAUUGGCCUUGGACAUUAUGGACUUAUCGAAAACCGUAAAAACCGAAGACAUUGAUGAAGUACAAGUAACUAUUGGAAUUCAUUCAGGUGAAGUAGUGACCGGAGUUAUCGGCCGUCGGAUGCCACGUUAUUGUCUUUUUGGUAAUACCGUUAAUCUAACCAGUCGAACCGAAACAACCGGAUCACCGGGUAGGAUUAAUGUCUCCGAGGUUGCUUACAAGUUACUCCAAGAUGAGGACAAUAGAGAUGACAGUUUUGUCUUCACCCUUCGGGGUCCAGUUACCAUGAAAGGUAAAACUGACCCAAUGAUGGUUUACUUUUUAUCACGAAAACCGGACACACCAGAAUCCACCGCCCAUGAAGAUGAGGAGGUGAAUAUGAUAAAUGAUGAGAACAAGGAAAACAAGGACAAUACCAAUUAAACUGACCAAUAGAUAACCUAACCCACCUCCCCCCCACUAUCUUCCUUGACCAUCAUCAUCAUCUUGACUAGUCAACAAAAACAACAGCAACAAAACAAUUGACAAAAAUGCACAAUGUGAUAUAACAAUUAAACCCUGAAGCCAAAACAAUUACAAUUAUUAUAUGUAAUUAACAAUAAUCAUUUGUAUCAUGAUCUCAGCAAUUUGAUUAAGGUGUUAACAGCUAUUCAAAUUAAUAUCGCAACAAUUUAACCUUAACUAAAUUAAACUACUCCUGACAGUUGUAUUAUAUUGAAACAAGAAAAAAAAACAUGAUGACAAUUAGGAUCAAUUAACUAAUUGUUGUAGUUUUAGUGGUUAUUUAAAAUGAUUAACAUUCACACUGCCUUUACAAUUAAGAUGCAAUAUAUCAAUCAAAUUAUUAUUGUUAAUUUAAAUGGCGUAAAAUUUUUUUAAUUGUAAUUAGUGGGACAAUUAACAUUUUUGUUAAAUCUAAUUGUGUAAAAAAG